AGUUAGUUGGUGCGAGUUGGUACCAACACGAACUCUCCUCUCCAAAUCGCAAGAUCCAGAGCUACCCAAAAACCCAACGAAAAGCUCACAAUUUUGUAUUCUCCAUUCCACAAAAAGAAUAUCUUUCAUCAUGGCUAUGCACAACUUCUUCGCCAACAUGUUGCCACCCAACAUGGAAGUCACCAUCGAAGAUGAUAACCUUCGUGGCCACGAACAACCCAGAGCAGUUCCUCAACUAGACUGCAGCUCGUCCCGUCGCCCCUUGGCAACGACAAGGUGGCAAACAUCCGAGGUAAAGAAAACCACGACCAAGAAGAGCACUCUUCCUCCCUCUCCUCCUCGCCGAAGACGCAAAACGGUAAAGGAACCUUCACGAUGGGAAGAGCAAGAAUCGUCGCCUCAGGAUCAAUCCAACCGGGACGCACCAAUUCGUCCUCGCAGGCACAGUAUUCCAGCACCAACAUCACCCAAGCGUGGUCAAACAACCCUUCUAGCUGCCACCAACAUGUCUCCUCAGGCUUUGAAGACACUCCUUAUCGCAUCAUCGCUUUCACCGACCAGAGCAUCCAAAAGUGUUGUUGCAUUGCACAUUGCAUCGGCAGCUUAAGUGAAAAGAUGGGUAUCUGCAUGGGAAACUGGGAAGCUUGGGGUAUACUAGGGAAAGGGCCAAAAGUCGGCAGCGCAAGCAGCAAGAGCGCAAUCUUGCAGUGACUGCAAACGGCUGUAAUACUAAUGCUAAUAAUACAUAACUAUCAAAGAACGAUACAACCACACUUUCGCUCCACAACUAGCUGGCU